AUGGCAUUGAUGUAUAAUCAGGCCCUCAGAAUAACUGUUCCCAACCCAAUGGAAGCAUGCUAUGCUGAAAGAAUUUCCUUAACUUCUUUUUUUGGUGUCCUUCGUACAUGGUUUUUGUCCAUGGUUCGGGAUGACUUUAAAUGUGGAAAAAUUACCCUAGAAAAAACUCUGAAAUUACUUGAAAAAUUAGAUAUUCGGUGCAGUACUAUUCAUGUGAAGUAUAUUUUUAAGGAUAAUGACAGGCUGAAGCAAGGAAGAAUCACCAUAGAAGAAUUUAGAACAAUUUAUCGAAUUAUUGCACACAGAGAAGAAAUUAUUGAGAUUUUCAACACGUAUUCUGAAAACCGGAAAUUUCUUUUUGAAAAGAAUCUGGCCCAAUUUUUGAUACAAGAGCAGUAUACACUUGACAUUAAUAAAAGUAUUGCUUCUGAGAUCAUUCAAAAAUAUGAGCCUAUUGAAGAAGUUAAACAAGCACACCAGAUGUCAUUUGAAGGUUUUACAAGAUACAUGGAUUCGUCUGAAUGUCUACUAUUUAAUAAUAAGUAUGAAAGUGUUUAUCAAGAUAUGACUCAUCCACUGAGUGAUUAUUUUAUUUCAAGUUCACAUAAUACGUACUUGAUAUCUGACCAAUUAGUGGGACCAAGUGACCUUUGGGGAUAUGUAAGUGCCCUUGUGAAAGGAUGCCGUUGUCUGGAAAUUGACUGCUGGGAUGGAUCACAAAAUGAACCUGUUGUAUACCAUGGUUAUACAUUCACCAGCAAGCUUCUGUUUAAAACUGUUAUCCGAGCGAUACACAAAUACGCAUUCAUAACAUCUGACUACCCAGUGGUGCUCUCUUUAGAAAAUCACUGCUCCCCUUCCCAACAAGAAGUGAUGGCAGACAAUUUGCAGUCUACUUUUGGAGACUCCUUGCUUUCUGAUACUCUUGAUGAUUUUCCAGACAAAUUACCUUCACCAGAGGCAUUAAAAUUCAAAAUAUUAGUUAGAAACAAGAAAAUAGGAACUUUAAGGGAAACCCGUGAAAGGAGAGGUUCUGAUAAGCAUGGUCAGGUAGAGGAAUGUGAAGAAGAAGAGGAGGCAGAGCAAGAGGAGGAGGAAAAUGAGGCCAAAGGACCAGAACCAUCGGAUGCUUUUCAAGAUGAUUUGGAAAAAGAGGCAGAGUCAAAAGGGGCAGUAGGAAUUCCACGCUUCAAGAAAAAGUUAAAAAUAGCUACGGCCCUAUCUGAUCUUGUUAUUUAUACUAAAGUUGAGAAGUUCAGAAGUUUUCACCAUUCAAGACUGUAUCAACAAUUUAAUGAAAGUAACUCUAUUGGGGAGUCACAAGCCCGAAAACUUUCAAAGUUGAGAGCCAAUGAAUUUAUUCUUCACACCACGAAGUUCAUUACCAGAAUAUAUCCCAAGGCAACAAGAGCAGACUCUUCUAAUUUUAAUCCUCAAGAAUUUUGGAAUGUAGGUUGUCAAAUGGUGGCCUUAAAUUUCCAGACCCCUGGUCUGCCUAUGGAUCUUCAAAAUGGGAAAUUUUUGGAUAAUGGUGGUUCUGGAUAUAUUUUGAAACCACACUUCCUAAGAGAUAGUAAAACAAAGUUUAAUCCAAAUAAAGCACUAAUGGACAGUAAUCCAAUCAUACUUAUGAUAAGGCUUAUCAGUGGGAUCCAGUUGCCUCCCAGUUAUCAUUCAUCAUCUAACAAAGCUGACACAUUAGUGAUUGUAGAAAUUUUGGGAGUUCCAAAUGAUCAAAUGAAACAGCAGAGUCGUGUAAUUAAAAAAAAUGCUUUUAGUCCAAGAUGGAAUGAAACAUUCACAUUUAUUAUUCAGGUGCCAGAAUUGGCAUUGAUACGUUUUGUUGUUGAAAAUCAAGGUUUAAUAGCUGGAAAUGAAUUUCUUGGGCAAUAUACUCUACCAGUUCUAUGCAUGAACAAAGGUUACCGUCGUGUUCCUCUGUUUUCCAAAAUGGGUGAGAGUCUUGAGCCUGCUUCCCUGUUUAUCUAUGUUUGGUAUGUCAGAUAG